AGGAAAUUAAAACUAAAAAGUGCCCUUCUAACAGUGCAACAUCAGAUGACCAUUAUUUUCCAUAGUGAAUCCAUGAAUCAAUAUACCUUUCAUGAAACACGUUUUGCCACCCAUUAUAUGUGUGCAAGCAAACACACGCUCGCGUUGGUCAGUACAUCAUGCGUCAAACUGUAACAUAUCAGUAGUUCAUCCAGAUAACGCAACCAAUCGGAAUAAGUGACCUUCAAAAAAGGUCAAUUGUUGUUAAUAAAUAAACAAAGACAAAUACAAGUGUGCCUGCCAAAAUGACUACACAAAUGAAUGGAACAAAAUCAGAUGUACCACAUUUUAAUUUAACAAUUAACGGGAUUGAUGAUUAUAAAACUAUUUAUCAGCUAAUAUUAUUACUAUUUCCAGAAUAUGAACAAAAGUAUAUUGUUACAAAGAUACUGAACAAUGGCUUCUCAAAUACACUACUUAAAAUUGACUAUAAUCAGCCAGAUUCUUGUACUACUCCUUCUCAUUCACAAAACACGACAACUUCAUUUCUUAUAAGCAUUCAUGGUGACUUGACAAGUAGUCUAAUAGAUCGAAGUAAUGAAAUUAAAUAUAUGAAAACAGUAAAACACCUUGAAAAUUAUCGAAAGAUGUAUGGCUUAUUUAAUAAUGGUUCGGUGUAUUCAUUUAUACAAGGCUGUGAUAUUUCGUCAGAAAAUCUAUCCAAUAUAAAGUAUAGCAGUUUAAUUGCAGAGAAGCUAGCUGCAUUGCACUGUUUACCCAUAGAUGAAUUCAGAUCACCUAACGAACUAUGCGGAGAAGAUGGAGAUCCAAGAAUAUUUUCAAGAAUAAUACAAUGGAUAAACAGAUUACAAGAUGAUUUUAUAAACUCAUCAAGAAAAUCACAGAACUAUGAAUCGAUUUUUCCAAGUAAAGCUUAUGCUUUGAAUGAGAUGUACAAAAUAAAACAGCAGUAUAUUCCAAAUCCUAUAUCCAAGAUAGUCUUAUGUCAUAAUGAUUUGAAUGCAGCAAAUAUUAUACUAGCACCAGAUGAAAAUUCAAUUCAUCUAAUAGAUAUGGAGUAUUGUGAUUUAAAUUAUGCAGCAUUUGAUAUUGGUAAUCAUUUCUGUGAAUUUACAGGACCAUAUGCUUUGGAAUUUGAUAAAUAUCCAUCCCUUGAGUUUCAGAAAAGAUGGAUGAAAGUGUAUUUAUCAGCUUAUCGUGAAUAUUUUAGAUCUAACUCAAAUCUAAAACAUAAUGACAAUGAUGAUGAAUUGAGUGUGUAUACUGAAGAUUGCUUAGAAAUAUGGCUUAAAGAAGUAAAUUGUUUUGCUUUGCUUUCUAAUUUACUUUGGGCUAUCUGGGCAGUGAUUUGUGCAGCAGAGAACUUAACCUCAAUGGACUAUUUAGCAUAUGCAGCAGCGCGAAUGAAACAAUAUCAUCAUAUGAAGAAGUGGUUAGAGACAACGUUUCAGCUGCCGAUAGACAACACGUAACUUUAUUAGAAUAUUUCAUAUAACAAGAAAAUACAAUUUCCCUGUUUUGAACAUAUUUUAACAUUAGUAGAAAUUCCGCUUGGAUAUUUGUAAAACAAAUAUAACAGUUGAAAAUUGAUGACAUUAUAUGGAUCUGGUAAAUUUCACUGGUGAGAUUUAUUCGCAUAUAACGGGUUCAACAAAAAAGGGAAAAGUGAGUACUAACCAGGUUAAAAACCCAUUACUGCCAUUUCACCCGUUUGGAGACGAUCUUAUCAACGGUGUUCAGAUUACUACGAUUCAGUCAGCAACCACUGCUAGUGGUUGACGUGAGAGGUGUCCAGUUACUCAUAUCAAUUAAUCAGUAGUACAUAGCAUCACGCUAAAAAUUAUACAGACGAAACGAACAAGUUACCUGUAAAUCUGGAACACUGAAUUUAUCUGUGUAAGAUACCGCAAUAAAUAAUCAGUAACAGUAGUGAUUGAAUACAAACUUCAAAUGAUGAGGUAUCUAGGAUAAUCAACGUCUAAGAGUAGACCUUUAUCAACAUAAUUCGCGGUCAAAAUGGAGAAUGGGUGAAUAUUAGGAUGGUAAAUGGACUAGAAUAUAAAAAAAACAUACAAUGUUAUACUGCUUAUUAGGGGGUAUCGAGUUGGACAUGGAAGGCGAACCCUCGUAACAGAUCAGUUAGUCGGUAAGGGAAAGAAGUAACAAAUAUGACGAUAACAGGUUGGUAUUUUCUUUUUUAUCGUAGUAAUUCGCUUCUCUGGCACUUAUCUUUACUGUCUGCCUGUUUUCGACAUAGAACUUUGCACAAAUGUGCGGCACUUCAAGUCACCACAUUCCCUCCUUGUAGCACACAAAGCAAGAGAAGAAAG